AUGGAAUUUGUUGCAUUGCCCAACAAUAUAAUACAGAUCCGUGUCAAUGGUAAAAUUUUUACAAACUUCCAUAGUCCGGAUUUGAGUAAAAUUACUCAACUUUAUAUUUCUGGCAAAGACACACUUCAAAUUCUCUCUUUGACUUUGUAUCCAAAUGAUUUGAAGCCAACAAUUCAACCAAAGGCACCAGCAACGCCUCCUCCAAUUUGCCCCAACCCUAUCGUCUUAAACAACGUGGUUAGAAGAUUUUUACUUUAUACUAUUUUGCUUAAUUCAAGUACUUAUUUAAUUUCCCUCUCCCUCCAUUUUUUCAUUAAUGUAUAA